AGAGGUUUUAGUUUAUACGUGGGCGGAGCUUAUACAAUGCCCAUAAAUAGUUGCACUUUCCGAUACGCAUACAUUGUGCUUUUUGUGCGUCUGAGCUGUUAAACGUACAUUUUAUUCCAUCGAUAUCUAAAACAAAAUCCAUUUAAAUAAGCUGUUCAAACGGAGAAAUGUGGCCACAGAGGAGGAAGAUCUCACACUGGAGGAUGACGGGAUGUCAGACAGGGUCCGAUAACGUGGAACCAAUCAGGAGUGUUGUUAUAACUGAGGACAUGACACGGAUGAUCUUCUCCAGCUCUCCACAACAGCAGCUUAUGGGAACGCAACGUUUCAGGAACCUUCUGUGUAGAGAGCCUGACCCCCCCAUUAAUGAAGUCAUAGCCAUACCUGGUGCAGUGGAGCAUUUUGUGAAGUUCCUGGAGAGAAAGGAGGACCACAGGCUACAGCUUGAAGCAGUAUGGGUUUUGACAAACAUCGCCUCUGGCACAUCUGACCAGACACGCGUGGUGAUCGAGGCUGGUGCUGUGCCCAUCUUCAUAGAGAUGCUCAACUCAGACUGUCAGGAUGUCCAGGAGCAGGUUCUGUGGCCGUUGGGGAACAUUGCAGGGGCCAGCACAGAGUGCAGAGAUUAUGUGUUGGAUUGCAACAUCAUUCCUUCACUUUUACAGCACUUGACCAGAUGGAGUAGCUUGUCUAUGAUGAGAAAUGCAGUGUGGGCUUUGAGAAACCUGUGCAGAGGCAAGAACCCACCUCCAGAUUUCCACAUGGUGUCACCAUGCCUCAGCGUUCUCUCCUGGCUAGUCUGUGUGAAUGACACAGACAUUCUGGUUAACACAUGCUGGACACUCUCCUACCUGGCAGACGGGCCUGAAGAUAAGAUCCAAUCUGUUAUAGACUCAGGGGUGUGCAGCAGACUGGUGGACCUGCUACGACAUUUAAAUUAUGAGGUGGUCUUACCUGCGCUUCGGGCUGUGCGGAACAUUGUCAACGGAAAUGACUCCCAGAAACAGGCGAUCCUGGACUGUUCUGCCCUUCAGGGACUUCUUUACCUGCUCUGUUGCCCUCAAAAGUCCAUUAAGAAAGAAGUCUGUUGUACGAUCUCUAAUAUUACUGCUGGUAACCGGGCACAGAUACAGAUGGUGAUAAAUGCAGGGCUGCUUCCUACUCUUAUCUAUACUCUUGAAGUGGCCGAUCUCGAGACGAGGGAGGCGGCAGCAAGGGCCAUCACAAAUGCUGUGGUCGGGGGCUCUGCUGAGCAGAUCAGGCAUCUGGUGAAGCUGGGUUGCAUCAAUCCUCUCUGUGACCUUCUGACCCUGAAGGACUCCAACAUUGUGCAGGUGGCACUAAAUGGCUUGGAGAACAUCCUCAGACUGGGAGAGAAGGAAGCCCAGCAAGGAGGAUUCAACCCGUACGAGGGUGUAUACGGUCUGAUUGAUCACUACUUUAGCCCUGAGGAUGAGGAUCCAGCCCCGUACCCCCCCUGUCGACCUGCAGCAGCAGUGUAAGGCUCCCAUUGACUGUUUUCAGCUCUGAGCACCAGAGAAGAGUUCUCAAUAACACUAUAAUUAUUAAAGCAUGUGAUGUUGCAAUA